CAAAGAGAUAGAGACUCAAGGCUAAAGAAGAAUGUACAGACUAGGUAGUCAAGGUCGUGCUGCUCAGCAGAGACUCCAACAACAACCAUAUUCAUCAACUGUUGAGUUCCAAACUCCAUCCUCACAAGCUCAAAAUGAUGUUAAUCUAUUGUUAUCAGCUCUCAAGACACCAGGAAAUCUAUCAUCAACCAAUCUCCUAUCAUAUAUUGUUCACUAUUUACCUCGUGUCAGAAAUGAAGGUAAUUUGAAGUUGCUAAUGGAUGCUUUCUUUUCAAAUAGAGUUAUUUUCCCAGAGCAAAUUCAUUUGGAGGAGACAUAUAUGAUCAUUGAAGCUAUCAAGGCAACUUUUGACUCCAAGAUUAGAGUUAGUGAACCAACUCUACCUCUAACAAAAUUCUUUCACGGUGUGGUUACAUCCAUUUUCGAGUCAGGUGUUGAGCCUUGGAAGAAAAUAUUGGUGAUUACUGGUGUAAUAUUAUCUCAAUCUACAUAUCAAGAACAAUCAAUUCCAGAGACUAAACAUUAUUUCCAAACAACAUACGGUUCUUUGAUCAACUUGAACCAUGAAUUAAUCAUGAGGGUUUUUCAAACAACAAGUAUAAACUCUGAAGAGGUUAAUGCUUUGACUGCAAUUUCCUUGAGUUGUUCCUUGCCCUUUUUCUCUCCAUCCCAACGUCAACAUGUUCCACAUGAGUCCAUCCUGUUGUUCACCAUUCAUUUGAUAUUUCAAUCUCCUUAUGGGCUGGGUAACCAUAGUACAGAGUUUCUGGCUGGCUCCAACUCUCCAGUGGUUAAACAUUUGAGUAGAUUGUCAUUCUUGAUUGAAAAUUCAUUAGUGCACGGUGUUUCUUUUGGUGUUUUGGAUUCAACUUUAAACAUCAUUUUGAGAUUCAGUGAAACCUUACAUUUAAGAUCAGCCAAUACUGAUCAAUCCUGGAACGUCUUGAAGAAUGGAAUUUUUGCAGUUGUUAUUAUUUUUCAAGGAUUUGUCUCAUACUUGUUGAAGUUGUCAAAUAGAUUGAGCAAGCAACACUACUCGUCAAUAGCCACAAAAAUUUUGCAAACUUUUUUCCAUCUGAGCUUCAUACUUGAGAAAAUUGGCACUGGUGGGUUUCAAGCUUAUAAUUUUGUUUAUAUCAGCUCACUAGAUGCUUUAUUACAAUAUUCACACCAAUCUGCAGAAGCAUUAGGGAGUUACUUCACCAAGAACAUAAAUCUACAUUCAAAUGACCAUUAUCAAGUUUCAAAGACAUUAUUCACAUUAACUUUUUUUGAAACUUUAUGCCAGACCACAUCUAUCGAAUAUUACGAAAAUACUAUUUCCCCAAUUGUGGACUUCAUCAUUCAUACAACAACUCAUUCACGUCCAUUGAUAGAGGCUGCUCAUUCUGUUGUCAUUGCAACAUUCAUUCCAACAAAUUCACACAUCAUAGCAAGUACUGCAAUUCCUUAUUUGCACACUGUCUUGUCACAAUUCCCACAAUUAUUAUCAGCAACACAACUAAGGAUUGCCAUAGAAACUAUAGCAAGGGCAGUUGCACCACCUUCUGAAGCUCACCAAUUGAAUAAAGAUAAUUUGAGGGAAGUAUUGCAUACAUUAUAUAUUAGGUGCUUAAACACCAGACCAGGAUUACCUAUUCCAACAUCACAGCCAAUAAGUCAAGGUCAAGAGUCGGAUAAUAAUCAACCAAUGACAGUUCGUACUGGUAUAAUUGCUGCAUUGAUAUCAACCCUACCGUAUUUACCUACGCAGAUUUUGAACAAUUGGCUAAAUAAUAUUUGGGAAUUGACUGAAAGUAGUGAUCCAAUAGAAUUUCAGUUUUGUGAAAAGAAUCUUUGGGAAAUGAUCAGUGAAGGUUUUGAUAUGCAAAGAGGAAACGUUGGGAUCAAUUGGUGGUACAAUAGGGGCAACAAUGUUGAAGCCAAGCUGUAA